UUUGUGUUCAUAGUGCAUUUGGUGUUUGUAAUUGUUUAAACUUGUUGAUAGAAGAGAAGAGUAAAAUGGCUGGUAAGGUGAUCGUCUGUUCCAACAUUGACGAUUGGAACCAGUAUAAACCAAAAGAGAAGGUGUUGGCCUUCUUCACUGCCCCAUGGAGUGGGCAAGCCCACAAGAUUGCCCCAAUAGUUCGAGAUUUGGCUAGAGAAUAUCCACAUGUCAAUGUUGUCCAGUUGGACUUACGCCAAUUUGAGUUAACUGCCAAAGAGUACAAUGUGAAUUCGGCUCCAACACUCUUGUUCAUGAAAGGUGGUAAAACAGUUGAUAAGGUGGAGACUUCAAGGCCAUACCAGCUGUACGAUAAGAUGGAUAUACUCUUUGCACAGUAA